AUGACUUCGUUAUCAUCCGCAAAGAUAACCAUUCCCACAUGUGCACCUCAUUGGGCUUAUUUUGGCUGGAUUUUGUCCUAUGAACAGCUAAGUGGCAGAUCAUCCACUUUUAGCCCUAGCCUUGGAAUUGAAUUAUUGACUUGGGAAAAAUUUGCCACAUGGAGGGAUACGGUUAAACUUACUCUUGGUAUGGUGGAUCUUGAUUAUGCCCUGAGGCAUGACCCUCCUACUGCUCUGACUGCUAAAAGCACUACAGAUCAGAAAGUAGAGCAUGAAAAGUGGGAAAGGUAUAACAGAAUGUCUCUUAUGGUUAUCAAGAAUUCCAUCUCAAGUGCCAUUAGGGGAGUUAUACCUGAUUCAGAGAAUGCCAAAGAAAGUCUGAAUUCAGUUGAGGAGCAAUUCAAGGGAUCUUCUAAAGCACAUGCGAGUUCUCUAAUUUUGAAGAUACUUACCACAAAAUAUCAAGGGACUAGUGGUGUGCGUGAGCACAUAAUGAUGAUGAGCGACAUGGCCCAUAAGUUAAAGGGAUUAGACAUGGAAAUAAGCGACGGUUUUCUAGUACACUUCAUCAUGACUUCUCUUCCUGCACGUUUUAAUGCUUUUAAGAUCAACUAUAACACUCAGAAAGACAAAUGGACAAUGAGUGAGUUGAUAGCUGUGACAACCCUAAAAAUUACGGGUACCCGUACAAAUAAUUUAUAUUUUAUUUGUGCUUAA